AUGGUUAAUAUUAACAUUCCUAGUCAAAGUAUCAGCAGCAACAGCAGCAGCAGCAGUGCAGCAGUCAGUAGUAGCGGAAACAUCAUCCGUCGACGAGACAACCAACAACAGUCCUUUUUAACCCUAUUAAGUGAUUUAAAAAAUUAUCUAAAGGGUAUCAACUGGAAACAAAAUUUAUAUUCCUAUUUAUUAUUUUCAAGUAGUGGUGGAUUAAAUAAUAAUAACAGUAAUAAUAAUAAUAGUAAUAACAACAAUAAUAAUAAUUAUUUUUUAAAAAAUACUAAAUUAAGUCAACAACAAAAUUUUACAACAAAAAAGAAAUUAAAUAAUAAUAAUCAUAAUAAUAUAUACACCAUCCAUAAUAAUACCUAUAAUUUUAACAAUAAUAAUAAUAAUACCAAUAGUAAUAAUAGUAACAAUAAUAAUAAUCGAUACCGAUUAUAUAUAAAUAAUAGUAAUAAUAAUAUGACAAUAAAUCAAGAUAGUGAAAUUAGUAGUAGUCACAGUAACAAUAAUAAUAAUAGUAAUAAUAAUAAUAAUAGUUUAAAUAAUGUUGAUGAUGAUGAUUCAGAUUCAGAACUUGGAGAAGGAAUUAGUAUGAUAUCAAUGAAUCAUAAAGAAGAUGGACAUGAUUUGAAUAUUAAAUGUUGUACUGGAACUCGAUGGUCAACCUUUAACAAAUACAAAAAAUGGGGUUGUCGAAUAUGUCAAUCCUAUGCAAUGCAACGAUUGAUUACCUUUUUACAAGUGGCAAUGAUCAUUUAUCUAAUGUCACAAGCAGUCAUUAAAUUUCAAAUGUUGGAUAGUAAAACGACGGUUGAUACCUUUCAAAACACUGAAUGUCAAUUGGCAGCUGGAAAAGAAUUGGCCAAAGAAUGCAUGUCUGGAUACAAAUUUAAAAAGGUUUUAUUUUUCUAUAAUGAUGGAUUGGCAAGAGAUUUAUCAGAUGAUUUGGUCAGUAUGAUGUCUGAUCACGGCAAUGUAUUUAGAAUUCAAAAUGAAGGAUUUCCAGCAAGUUAUGCUGUUUUUACAAGUUAUAUGACUGGUGGUGCACCGACCAACUUUAUGGGUGUCCCCAUUGAAAACGAUAAUAUAAUGUAUCAAAUGACAAAGAAUGCAGGUUUUAUGAUGCGAUUUUAUGGUACUCGAAUGCCUGCCUAUGACAUUUUGGAGAAAGGUGAAUUCUUUGAAAGAAUUGCUAUUGAACCAACUACACCAGACAGUCAUCUCUAUCAAUCACUAUUCAAAUGUGAUCAAGCCGCAACACCAAAAGAUUGUAGUAAAAUAUUCUUGGAUUAUCAAAAGAAUGAAUCGUCAUCCAUAUUCUUUAGCGGUGAUAUUGUAGACGAACGUAAUCAUCAGACAGGCGAUAAAUACGAUCCAACCACACUCUCCAUUAUCUCUAGUUGGGUACAAGACAUGGAAAAUGUCAAACAAUGGAUUGACGAUAAUCCAGAGUACCUACUCGUCAUUUUCAGUGACCACGGCGGUAAACUCAAAAGUGAGACUGCAGCACACGGCAAAAAUGAUGGUGGUAAUGAAGCAUUCCUUUUAAUUUACAACCCAACCCUAACUCCUUUACCACAAGAUAAACAAGAUAAAUUUAUUGAUCAAGUUGAUGUAUGUUCAACGAUUAGUCAAUACUUUUUUGGAUCAGGAGUUAGUUUACCAGCAGAGAAUAUUGGAAAGAUAGCAACUACACAACAAGAUAGUGAAUUGAUUUAUGAUGCUUUGAAAUUGAAUGCAGAUCAAUUUAAUAGACUUGGUAAACAAUGGCAUUAUCGUAUGAACCAAGCAUCGUACAACAGGGCAAUCGACGAUAAGGAAGGUCAUAUUGACGAAUCGAUUCGUCUCUUUACAGAGUAUAUCAAUUCUCUAAAGACACCGUUUCUCAACCUACGAAGAUUCCCAUUGUUUGAAGUUGUCUUUUUCCCCAUUGCCAUUUCACUACUCAUCAUGUCAUUGAUGAAGAAACAGUAUGGAACACUAUCAAACCUAUUUAAAGAGUUUAAAUCUAAUUUCGAGUUGGUCAUCAUACCCUACAUCAUCAUCUUUGGUUUGACAGCUCUCUUUUCAGGUUUUUGGGUAUUGUAUUGGCACGAUGACAAUGAAUCGAUUCAUGUCUAUAUUGCAUCACUUUUAUCUGCCUUGGUUAUGUAUUAUACACCCAAAGCAACUAUUAUUCAAAGACGUAAUCUUUUCAACAAUAAUAGUAUCAACAACAAAAAUAUCAACAACCCAAUGUACAGAAAUCAUAGAAAACACAACAAAUAUAUUUAUCCAGGUGAACAACAAUCUAUCAACGACGAUGAUAUUGAUCAUCAUCAUAUGACUAUGAUAGAUGAUAAUGAUGACACUUUGGAAAAAGAAGAAGGUGGUAAUGAUUACAAUACAUCUACACCAACUAAUCCAACAACACCAAUUCUUCAAUCAUCAUCACCUGUUAAAGUAGAAGAUUACUCUGUACCAUACUAUAGUGACAACAAUACAACCACCACCAACUCGAAUAAUAAUAAUAACCAAACUCGAUUCUCAUUUGAAUAUAAACCACCCGGAGAAUGGUUAAAGAAAUAUGCAUUCUUUACAUUUUUCAUGGCUGUUUGUAUUUAUCUUUUAACAGUACCUUUGGAAGACCUAUUUUUAGUUCAUCUUUAUAAAGGAUCAUAUAUAUUAGCAGUAAUACUUUUAAUGUUUGAAUUUUAUGUUCAACGUAGAAAGUUGUUGGCUCAUUUGGUUGUGACUAGUGAUUCAAGAAGGGGAUUUUUAGGACCCCUGUACGUAAAGUUUACGGUUUAUCUAGUACUACUAUAUGCAAUCUAUACCUAUGAUUAUGCGUUACGAGUGAAUCAUAAGGUCAUGCCAAAGUUGGCAUUUAUCAUCUACCUUGUUUUAGGUUUACAUUCAAUCGUUUUAUUAUUCUGUCCAAGAUACAUCCAAUCUGAUAUCUUUUUACCAUUCUCUACUAUAUUAUUCUUUUUAUCAAAUGACAAAGAACGAUUUUAUUUAUUAUUAUUUGUAAUACCACAAUUUUAUUGUAUAAGUAAUAUGUUUUAUUACAAAUUAUUUAAUACAUUUUAUCCGAUCAUGAUGAGAUAUAGAAAGAGAGGAUUAAAUAAUAUUGCUGGUGGUGGUAGUGGUGCAAGUGGAGCAGGUGACUUGGAAUCAUCGAUUUACAAUUUCAGUUUAAAAGAUUUGGACUUUUUCUCUGGUAUCACUGAUCAUUUCUUACCUCUGGUCGUAUUGUUAAUGACCAGUACUGCAUUGUCAUGUUACAAAUCAAUGAAAAUGAAUUUCCAAAUUGGUGAUGUUGCCAUCUAUGUACCCGGUGUAUUUGAUCCUCCAUCGAUGCCAGUAUUCUCUGGUUUCAUCAUGUCCUUUCAUAAAUUGGGUUACUUUUUCCUUUUAGGUUCAUUUUUAAUUAAAAUGGCUAAUCCAUGUCCUCCCGCCCUAAUUCCAAUGACUUGGUUUAAUAAUAGAUUUACAUUUGGAUUUAAAAUUAAAAGUAAUAGAGAUUAUAAUAAUAUAUUGGAGAAUUUAAAUGUUCAGAUUUGGGGAUUCCUAUUAUUACUUUUAUUAUCUGGUAUUUUCUUUUUCCAUCUUGGUUAUUAUAAUUUUAUGAUGACAAAGGCAUUUGUAUUUACAGUUACAAUUAGUGUAAUUGUUAUAUUUUAUGGUGUCAGUUUAAUUACAUCAUACAUUGGAUAUUUGUUGUAUGGAUUGACUGAUCUUAAAUGUUGUGCCUUUUCAAGCUGGAGAAUUGGUUCCAAAAAAACUACAACCUCUCCAUUUUAUAAUGGAGGUGGUCUAAAAUAUAAAAAGGUUGUUUACCAUUAA